AAAAAAAUACAUCAACAAAACCAAAACAAAUAUUUUUUGGUGUUAGUUUCGCGCUAAAUAGCUGGCCAUUUAUUACUAAAUAUAGUUUAAAACGUGAUCUAAGUAGUUAAAGCACAUCCCAAACAUAAUGGCAGCACCGCUGAAUCAAUGAAAGCGCACCAAAAAGUCAAAGGAAAAUUUGAGACACUUGCGACAACGACCUCCAACACAAAUACAAAGUGGGAAAAAUCGAACAGUAUAUGUUCGUGUGUGUGUUUGUGAAUUUGUGCUCCCAUAGAAAUAUUAAAUUUAAUUUAUAAUCAAAAGCACGGCACUGCAGCACACCGUUAAUGCUAAAGUAGCCCCCAAAUAUGAAAUAGUGUUGUGUAUAAAUGUUUAUAUGUACAGUGUGAGUCGAUAAUGUGCAACAAUGAUGAUGAGCAAUCAAUAGCGAUAAGUGCAAAAUUCCAUUAACACAACAACAACAACGACAAAGGCCGUCAUUCGAUCCAUCCGAGCACACACACACACACACACACAACAUGGAAGUGGAGGAAACAAGCGACGACGUCUUCCCGCUGGGAUUUCUGGAAGUCGGCACCUGGAACAACACCCACAAUGUAGCCUUCAAUGACAUGAAUCUGGAUGCGCGAAUGAUAUGGCUACUCUGCUCGCUGCUGACGACCAUCACCUGGGUGACGUACAUCACGUUUUACAACCAUCGUGUGAUCGGGAUGCUCAUCACAAAGAUAGCCAAUCGAUGGUUCAUCAAGGGUGCAUACUUUAAGAUCGGAUCGGUGUCACUGAAUCCGCUGGCGGGGAAGAUCAUGUUCCGGGACUUUGUGUACAUCACAUACGACUACACGGUGCGGGCGCAGGAUGGAUACUUUAUAUUCCGCUGGUGGCGCUCCUAUGUGCCCAAGGAUGUGUCCGAGGAUCUUUCGCAUUCGGAUACGCGUUUGUCCGUACAGUUGAAUGGCUACGAGCUGCAUAUCUACAAUCGAUCGGAUCUGUACGAUAAGCUGGAGAAGACCUUUGGGCUGGAGCCGUCGCUGCUGAUACCCACGGAUCUGCUGAGCAACGAGGAGCGGAAUAAGCUGAAGGAGCACAACAUGAACCUGGAGAACGCGCGUCAGAGUCAGCGGGUGAACAGUGUUAAGAAUUCGGAGGCCAUGCAGGCCACCACGUGGCGAGAUCUGAUACCGGUCAUCAAGAUCGAUAUCUGCUCGGGUCGCUUUGUGUUUGGCAAUCGUCUGACGCCCACCACACUGUCCAUAUCCGUGGAGGAGGCGCACUGCACGUACAGCACCAAGCCGGCGGUGUGUCCUCUGGAUCAUUUCAUGCAUUUCGUCAAGGCCAAGGUGGAGAAUGCCAAGGUGCUCUUCUGUCCGAGUCCCAAGUACACGGGAUUGAUUGACGAACCGCCGCGUUACAUGGGCGAGGGCUUUGUGGUGAUGAUGUCCAACCAAAUGGAUCUCUAUUUCUACAUGGACGAGCCGGGCGUUGUGCCCGAACAGCCCGUGCAAAUUGUGCUGCCCAAUGGCGAUGAGUCGGAGCCCUCGCCCCCUGUUUGGGGCAUCAAUGCACACUGCCUGAAGGGCACGGACUUCAGCUACGGCCCCUGGGCCGAUCGACAGCGGGAUCAUCUGUACAAGUACUUUUAUCCAUCCGAUUGGAAGGAGGGAGAGGUCACACCCACACCGCAGCCGGGCGAGCUGCGCAGCUAUCAGUCGUUCGAUGUGACGCUGUGUGUCCUCAACGAGGCCACCAUUGACAUACUCUUCUCGAAGGAAAAGGAGACGAAUGCCAUGCACAUCACUGUGGGACCGGCCUCCUAUGUGGAGGUGACAAUACCCUGGAUCACGCUGCCCGACGGUUAUACAUCCAAGAUCCAGGGACAGCUCUUCCAUGUGGAGGCCACCACCUCGCUGCAGUACCGCAGUCUCGCGGAGUUUGAGUCCCUGGAGUACAAGGUGCGCAUCCAUUAUCCCACCAAAUGGAAUGCCCCACAGGACUGGAGCGUGUCCCUGGCCGGGUGCAAGACGAGCGCUUUUAUUGUGUACAAGCACAAGUGCUUUUUCCAGGACCUCAUCGAGGACUGGGCGAACAAGGCCCGGCCGGAUAUCCUCAGCUUUGUGCCCUACACGUGCAAUUUCAAUAUCCGCCUGCACGAGUUCGAGAUUCUGAUGCUGUGCAACGAGUACAAUUGGAUCGACUGCAGCAGUGCCAAUCAGGAGAACAACCAUUUGGCCUUCUGCGGCGAUGUCUUUGAGAUGAGCUUCGCUCUGCCUUUUGACGAUUUCCUGCCCAAGACGGUGACGCUGAAGUUCUGGAUCCACGGCGAGGGCCUCGACCUCAGUAUGUACGUGCCCGAGGUGUCCUCGGUGCGUCCCAUAGUUUUAGCCAUAGACGAGAAUGCAAGACUGUUGACCCGCGAGGGUAAGCUCUGCCGCCGGCCGGAGCUCUAUACGAAAAAGUGGCGCAAGAUUUGUCAGCGCUCCGCUGGUUGGAUCGACUGCUGGGCGGUGCCCAUUCUGGCGCUGUCCAUUCAGUAUGUGUAUCAUCCGGUGCCGCCGCUGGGCCCCGAUCCACAGGCGGACAUCACGACGCCCGAGAAGGAGGAGAUACUCCUCAGUCCCAUGCGCAUACCCAAGGUGCGAAAGUCGCCAGUCAGCAGCUGGCAGCAGCCACCGGAGCAGUUUAGUAAAUUCGAUCCGGGCACCCUGGCGGCGGAUCAUGUCACCGUGGAGCUGGAGAUCGGCAGCUCUGUGCUGAUGGCCUACGGGAAUGUGCUGCGGAAUUUUAUCAGCCUGAAGGAGAACAUUUUCGGGGAGGAUCAGAGCUUCACGGACAUGGAGCAGUCGAAUGUGAAUCUCAAGGAGCCACCAGCACUCAAUCCCAAGGAUCAGCUGCUGGCCAAAGAGAAGGAGCUGGCUAACAAGUCCAUCUCGGAGGUGCAGGUGCCCGAGGAGAAGCGCAAACCCUUCGAUCCGCGUCUCUAUCGGCCGCUGGAGGUGAUGGUCUCCGUCAUUAUACACGACAUUCAGGCGCAUGUGAUGAAGAACUGCAACGAGGACGAUCCCCCCUGUCCGGUGGUGCUGAUCGAGCGAUUCGGCUUCGAGAUGAACAAACGCUACCACGAGACCACGCUCCAGGUGCUCGUCAGUCCCUCCUAUCUACUGGCCUCCGAUAGCCUGCAGCGGCCGCAGCGGGAGCAGCACAUCAAUCAGGGACACCUGUUGCUCUCGGCCGUUCAGGUGCGUGGCCAUGCGAUGUUCAGCAACGAGGGAUGCGCACUGGAUGAGGACACACUCGAAUAUUCUUGGCUGGUCGAAGUGCAGCUGGGCAAGCUCACGGGUAAGCUAACGCUGCCGCAGCUCGUGAAUGUUGUGACGGGACUGGAGACGCUCAUUUUGCUCGCCAUCGAUCCCGAGAACUGCCUCAAGUCGCCGAAAACGGUGCGGAAUUGCCAUCACGGAGUGCCGAGCAAUCUGUGUCCCCAGACCAAAGAGGAGAAGAAGUACAAGUGCCCCUCCUCGGAGGACAUCAAGUACAAGAUGACGCGCGUGUCGGUGGAUGCCGUCGAUGUCUAUCUGAUAGAGAGCGGCACGGCACUGCAUGCCUGGAUAUCGCCCAUUCGCCUUGCCAACUGCAAUCUGCACGGACAGCGGGUCAAGUCGGGCAUCUCUGGUCUGCUGCCCUCCAUUCUGCUGCGCUUGUUCAUGCUGCAUGCCACCACGCCAUCGUACAACACCAACACAACGGGCAGCAAUCGCUCGGGCAAGCUGCGUCGCGCCGAUCAGGACUCGCUAAAAUCUCAGGAUCAUGCGCCGCCGCACGCAAAGGCUGGCGGUAAAAGGAGCUCCAAUUCGUUUUCUCGUCGCGAUUCGCGAGAUGAAGCCACACGGCGGCUGCGGGAUAGCUUCUCGGAGCCGCAGGCCAAGCGCACCCCAGAGACGGUUGAUCUGUCCGAGAACUGGGUGGAAGUGGGCUGCACCUCGUUGGGACCCAUACUGCUGGAGGGAGCAUCGGCUCUGCCCAUACCCGAUCACGAACUGCAUCUGGUGCAGCACAAUUUCCUGCGCGAACACGAUGCCAAAUUCAAGCGUUUGUGGUUCUUGUGGUCCAACAAUGGCAGUGCACUGUCCUCCAGCACAGAGAUCUCACGCUGUGGCUGCAUCGGAGGCUGCGUUUUCUUUGGCAGCAAUCGGAAUGGCCAGAAGUUCUUCAAGCCUACAGCACAAGAUGUCCUUGAUAACUACAAUAUUGCGCGUUACUUCAUCAUCAAUAACAACAAGGACUUUGGCUUCGGCGAGAGCAUACUCCAUCAAGGACAACUUGUAUUCCACACGCCACCCUAUAGCCUGAACUGUGUCUCACUCUACGAUGCGGCCGACUUCAACGGCAAGGGUCGGCUGUAUAGGCCCGCUGGUGGGGAUUUGCGUAAUGGCGGCAGUCUCAAGAAAUCGGAGCACUGCUCCCUGCCAGACGGCACAAAGUUCAAGAUCGGCGGCAGUGCCAAUGCCGCUGUGGAGAAACCAGAGCUGAGCAGCCGCCAUAAGUCAAGGGAGAGCAUUGGGUCACCCAACACACUGGAGAGGCGCAGCAAGCGGUAUCCCUGCACGCGUCAGACCUCCGUGGAGGUGCCCUAUGCCCGCCUGCUGGACAGCCCCUCCAAGAAGCUACAGCUGCAACAGCAUGAGGCAGCGGCAGGCGAUUCAGGCACAAACAUCAAGCGACGCGGCUCCGAUUCGAACAGACUGCGAGUGUCGCCGCCCAAGACAAGCAUCUCGGACUCCCGCCUGACGGGCGAGGCGCUGGAUGAUGAGCAUGAGAUGCCCGAUGAAAUGUCGCAUUCGGCACCGCAUUCGCAUCCACUGGAGUUUGAGAUUGCCGACAUUGCGCUGCACUGUCAGGCACUGGGCGAGCAGCUGCCGCGAGAGGUGCAGCGCACCAUCUCUUUGACAUCGGAGAAUCCCUCGGAGAUGUUCUUCUCUGCCGAGGAGGACAUAUCGAAUGUGAUGUCGCAGCGUGGAUCCAUGAAGCAGCGGAAUAGUGCCAACAGCGGAUCCGUCGUGCUCUCUGGCAGAAAGCGUUUCUCUUCGGAUUUGAGCAUUGGUGCCCAAAACGAGAAUGGCAGCCACACGCUACCCACAUAUCGCAGCGAUCUGGAGAUCCAUGCCCCACCCGAUGGCAAUAAAACACUGCCCAAGCGGCCGCAGAGCACCACAGAACUGAACGAAGACGCGAGACGCAUUCACGGUCUUGCCACACCAAUAAGAAAACAAAUAACAAAUAUCUCAUCACGACCUGAGUACCGACAUUUUGUUCAUGAUGCGGACUCUCGUGGCUCAUCGUCGGGCACGCCAUCGCUGUCGUCGAACUCCUUCAUCUCUGCCAUGUCAUCGCAGGAAGAUGUGGCUCUGGUGAAUCUCCAUCAGCAGGUUAAUCGACCCAUCAUUGACUCGCCGCUGCUGAUGGCCAGCUAUUUGAAUCAUUUGUCGCAAGUCAAGUGCUUCAAUUGGAAUGGCUGCUCCUUUCCCCUCGGCCCGGAUGUCUUCUCCACGCCGCUCUUCAGCGAGAACGAGGAUGGUGGUCUAACCUACAUUGGCAGCAAAAUGUUGCCCCAUUUCGAUUUGUAUUCAUGCUGGCGUGAGAUCAAGGUGGUGCCACGUUACGAGAAUGCCACGGGCAGCAACAGUUCGGCCACAUUCAUGGGCGGACCCAAGUCCCAUCCCUGGGAUCCAAGUGUUUUGCUGAAGGAAGAGGAAGCGGACAAGACCACAAAUGGCUUCGAUGAUGGCGAGUUUAUGAGCCUCCAGGCGGAAGGAGGAGCUGCCUGCACAUCUGUGGUGGCCAGGCUGAAGGGCCAACUAAAUGUCUUCCUCACGCCGCUUCUGCUGGAGGGACUACAAAGAAUGGUUGAGGCUGCCAUACCCACCAUACAGUCAAUGCACCUGCUCUCGGUCGUUAACUUCAUUCACACGUCGUGCAUUGCCAAAGUGAACAACGACAAUAUACUGAAGAGAGACCAGAGCCUCAGCUACUGGUCGCAGGUGCACUCCAACUCGAAGCGAUCCACCACAGAGCGACAUCUGCAGGGGCCCGGAGACUCGUUCCUCAGCGAUGUGUACGAGGAGAGCAUUUCGACCAAGACGCAGGGGCUGAUUGUGCUGCCAAAAGUCAGCAUCACGAUGCUGCAGUCCUCCAUUGUGGAGGAAGUGAUAUCCGUGGCAGCACUGGACAAUGUUCAGGAUCUCAGCUGCGUAUCGCUGCUGACCUUCUACAUGGAGGGAAUCUCCACCAAGUUCCAUUUGGGCAAAACGACGCGUGCCUCCAUGCACAACGUGUACAUCCAGCAGACAGUGCAGUCGGGCAACAGCCACAAGAAGGGUGGCAUUAUGAAGGGAACGCGUGCCCUGCUGGCGCAUCUUUCCUCACAGACGCGGCCGGACAAUGUGCAGGGGGAGCCCAUUCUCAUAGAGACAUCGGAGAAGCAGCUUGAGGAGCUCGUCAUCACUUUGGACAUUGGACGGGCGCAUGCACAGCUGCGACGCCUGAAGACGGAGGGACAGUCCUGUGCCCAGGACUCACCCAUUAUUGUCACUGCCAUUCCGGAGCACAAGAGCAAGGUGCUCUUCGAGUGCCUGAAGAUGCCGGAGAGCACGGGCAUCGAGAGCAUCGGCUACAUCAUGUUCGAGUGCGGCCUGGAGGGCGUCGGCGUGAAAAUCGUGAAGCGCUCGCACUUUGAAAAGUCCGAGAACAGCAAGGAAGAGCUGGCCGAGAUGGCGGGUGCAGGAGGCGAGGGUGUGUCCGCCAGCGGUGGCUUCAACCUCAACGAUCUUGUGGGUCAGGGUGGGGCAGGCAACGAGGGAGGAGCAGCAGCACCUUCCUCAGAUGCUGGUGCCACAUCCAAGGCGGAGGCCGCCUGGCGCAUGAUCACCAAAAAGCCACCAACACCAAAGACACCCAAGGAGAAGUUCCACCACGCCCUGGACAGCGUCAUAGUGAGCGAGAGCUCCACCUCUGGGGCUGACCAGAGGAAAUCCACACCCAAACCGCCAGACGAGGAUGUGGAAAAGGGACCCACGGCGACAGGCAAUCAAGGAGCUCCGAAGAGCGGGGCAGCCGGUGGCAGCAAUUCCAAGGAUGCCUACGACAAGGUGCUCUCCAAUGUCAAGGAAACCGACAAAACCUCCUCUUGUGUGAUCGAACUGAAGGCCGUGUGGUUAAACUUUGCAGCACCGCCCUGUGUGCCCAUCACCCGAAAGAUCGAUCUGACGCGUCUCGACUGGAAUCUGCUUAGCACUGCCUCGCCAGCCAUCACCGCGUGGAUGAAUCCCAGCAAUCGGCUGGCCAUCAAAGUGGUUGCGCUGCUGAAGGCGUUGCACACGCGACAAACGGCAGUGGCCGCCUGUCUGAUGGCAGAGGCCAUGGACAAUGAGAAGAUCCAACGGAAUCCAAAGAUCAAGAAGAGUCGCUAUGCCAACAACUACACGCUGCUGUCGAAGACGCUGCAGGAAGAUCCCAGCUGCCAGCUGUGCUACAUUAUGCAGAAACUAGUCCUGGAUGAGGGUGUGCAACGCAUUGAGCCCAUCUUCAAGCAGGGGGAUGUACCACAUCUGAAUACGCUGCGACAGGGCAUCAUUGUGCUGAGUCGCCAGUGGAAGAAUACUCUUUACAAUCCGAUACUCUUCGAGCAUCAGUACAAGAACAAGCUGGCACGGCCUAUCAAUGUGACAUUCUCGUUUCCGCAGAACGAGGAGGAGGCGGAGAAUGAUGAGUGCGAAGGUGAUGUUGAAAUGGGCGCCUAUGCGGGCGUCGGCGAGAAUCCGGAAGAGAGUGAGAAUGCUUUAUUACUUGGGCAAACACAGCAUCAUCGAACUCACAUUGAAAACAAUCAGUAUGGCGGACUAUCUUAUAGCCAUGAAGCGGCAGGCCAUCAUGGAGCUGCCUCUCAGCGUUCGACUUCGACAUCACCGAAUAUCCAUAACCCGCGUCGUGGGCUGAACAAAGUGCACAGCAAAGCCUCGAAUUAUUCACAUGGAAAUUCAUCUCGUUCCAGCAUACAAAUGUUGCCCAUUAUCUCGGGGUUGGUGGAGAAGCAAGUGCCAGAAUUUGAGUAUGGAGCCCUUCAGGAGGGUUCUCUCAGUUCAACCAAUUCGGUCAACAAAUUCUGGCUGGGUGCUGAGAGUCACAAGGAGGAUCUUUACUUCUGGAUGGCCAAGCAGCAGGACAACAAGAAGAAAGAGCACUUUGCCGAGAAAGAACAUGCUCGUCCUGCUCCUCCGAAGAUCCCUGGACAUACCCAAACGCGCAGUGGCAUUAUGCAGGAUUCGAUCAAGCUGUUGGAUGCUCAUUUGAUCUUUGAACCGUUGCUCACUUGCUUGGGUGUGAUGCCCCAGCAAAUGAUCAACAAGUUCUCCAAUGCAGACAUUUCUUCGCUGGAGAAUUUCGGCACUAAUCUAUCGCUCAUCGGCACUUUCGAUUCCAUACGCGUGGACAUUGUCGUGAGCGAGGCAGGCGACAAGAAGAAUCCAGCCCAGAAGCCGGCCAAAAUGAACAAGAAAUCGAAUGGCAGGGCCUCCAUUAUGAUGGAUACUCCGCUGUUCCUGUGCGAGCGCGUCGGCGUUGAGCUGGAGGUGCUGAAAAUGUCAGAUGGGGCAGUGGAUCAGGCCCGACAGAAUGUCAUCUACAUGUCGCGGCGACAGCUGAAGAAGCACACGAGUACUGUGAUCAAUUUCAGCCUCAAUGUGAGGUUCAUUUCGCAGCAGGUGAAUAUGCCGCUGCUGCGACUGCUCCAUCAGAUCUGCAACAUGUAUCAGAAUGUGAAGGAUGCCCAGAAUGAGUUCCACGAUCAUCCAGAGCUGAGCAAAAAGAGUCAGACCAAAGAUGAAUGUAGUUUGGCUUCGGAGCCCACAGAUAUCCUAGGUUUUAAUUCAGUCUCUGAACGGUUUGGCCAUGGCGAGAGCUAUUCGGAUGAGCGUUACGACAAGUUCAACGAGACGAUGCCAACAAUGCCGGCAUCUCGUACGCGUCCAGGUGGCCUGGCGCCCAUCAUACAGCUGACACCAUCACCAAAUGCAAAGAAUCGUCCACAGAGCUUUGCCCAGAAGCUGCGUUCCACUGGCAAGUCGGUGAAGGGCAAGCUGGGCUACACCAAUCUCAAUGAGUCGAGUUCGUCGCCUCUGCGGGACAGUCCCACCAUGUCGCUGCAUGAGCAGAAUAUCCUCAAGCUGGCCACCGAAUCGAAGGCUUCGCUGAACGGCGGCUGUGCCACCAGCAUGAGCGGCGACUACCAGAACACUCUGACCAAGGGUAUGUCUUCGAUGGCCCCACUGCUGGAGACGCCCAACUGCUGGAAGACCAUCUACCAUCUGCUGGAGCUGUACGGCACGAUGCCAGAGACCAAGACGGUGGUCCAGAGGAGCUCCCUCAAUGAGCACAAGAAGCCGUCGGCAUUUGUCAAUGAUGAAGAUGAUUUGGCCAGUGCUCCCACUCCAUUGCCGCAGCAUCGCGAGAUGCUUAUCAUUGAUGGGCCGUCCCAGGAGCGAACUCGCCUGAUUGUCUUUGGUGUGGCCAAGAUUCACAAGACCCGACUGCUGGCCACCCUCUCCGGGCUCAAGCUCGAGUCAGAGAUCACCACUCUGAACAGCACGGCCACGUGGCGUAAGAAGGCGCGUCCCGUCUCCCUGGAAUGCUCGCUCACCGGACAAGUGGGACGAGCCAUGAUUGUACUGCUGGAAGGAGUGGCUCCCAGUCAGCAAACCGUCGUGAAGGUAACCGUUGGCAAGAGCCAGACGCUCUACUCGAGCCUCUCCAAGCGUGGCAAGGACAAGAACAGCGGCCUGCUCUCGAUCGGUGCUGUUAACAUAGACAUACCGCAGCAUCCGGUGGCCCUGCACGGCAUGAUGACGCGCAGCUCCAAGCAGCUAUCAUCCACCAUCCAAGAGCUCAGAGUAAAACGCAAUUCGGGUCGCUCCACACUGCGUUCGUUUACAGCCGAAGAGCCAGAGUCUCCAUUCCAUGCCCGUAACUCGGGCGGUGCCAGCAGUGCCGCCGGUGCGGCCAGCGAAAUGCGAGAGCGAACCGUCUCCGGCGGCGGUGGGGCACAACAGCAGCCGCAGCAGGCGGCUCGCAGAGCCGCUCACAUGGCCCAUUCGAAGUUGGGCGGAGCGGCGGCACAGCAUCAAAAUGGAUUGCUCCAGCCGCUGGUCAUGCAGUUCAAUAUACUCCUCCAGAGUUUGUCCAUCAAUGCAGCUCUGCUGCCCUCGCUGCAGGCUCAGUACCGAAUGAAUCAUGUCAGUUCCAUGGGCGUCACGGGCCAAAGGGCGAAAUUUGUCAUUGAUUUGCCCACCCACACGCUGAGUUUCAACACAAAGAUUCAGAACGAAAUGAAUCUGCCAUCGGAGGCUUGCAUUGGCCUGCCGCCCGUACACGUGUUGGCCGAGUACAUUCCAGACAAUCGCCAGGAGCAGACGGAGAGCAUUGAGGGAAUUGUGCUGCGACAGGGUGGCUAUGUGAAUGCCAGUGCGGAGAUUGGCGAGUUCGAGCGCUGCCUGACCACAGAUCUGCUGAACCAUUUGGUGUUUGUGCAGAAGGUUUUCAUGCGCGAGAUCAACGAGGUGCUGCAGAAGGUGUACGGCGGGGAGAAGCCCGUGCCGUUGUGGACCGAGGAGAGUGGCGACAGUUCCAGCGUGCAGGAAUCUACGCUGAAGCGGAUUCUCUUCUCCAUUAACAUUUCGAUGAAGAGGAUUCAGUUGACGGCCACCACGCCCUGCUCCUCGGCGGUGCGCUUUGAGACGGGCACUCUGGAGCUGCAGCUGUCGAAUCGCGUGAAGAAUCUGGGGGACAUGAGCAAUCGGAAGCUGUUCUUCAAGGCGCACAUUGACUUUAAUCUGUCGCUGGGGCAGAUCAUAAGGAAUGUGAUCUUUGACGAGGCGGAGCCAGAGUUCCAGCAAUAUGCCUUCUUCCACACGACCAUCGGCCUGCGCAAUGCCUUCCAGGAUGAGCUGCUCAACGAGGACAAGGAGCUGAUUCUGCUCACGUUGAAGCGACCCCUGGUCUACGUCCAGCCGAUAGCCGUGGACAAGGCCAUAUUGGUGUGGCUGAACUACAAGAAUGCCUACGAAUACUGGGCCGAGAAGCGGGCCAAUCUCUGCUACGAGCACAGCCAGGCGACGGCACAGCAGCAGCAGCAAGUCUUUGAUCGUGUGGCCUUUGGCCAAAUAGCAGGCUCGAACUUGUCCACACUCUUCCUGCAGCUAACUGUCGAGGAUAUGGGCAUAUGUUUGCCCCUGAAACAAGUGAAUACUGUGUCCUUUGGCUCCCGUUCGUAUCAGGAUUUCGAUGCCAAGGGAGCUGUUGUCAUCACGCUGGAGAAUACCAUUAUUUCGGCCUGCAAUUCGGGCGCACUGGUGUCCAAGGGCAAGUUCCAGGGUCUGUGCCUUCGAUUUGCAGAUGAUUUCGAGACAAAUCUGGAUGACUGGAAGCCCACCAGCGGCGAGCCCAUAAUGAAUGUGUGCGUGGUGUCUGAGGGCACCUUCGAGGUCUGCUCACGCACCACCGCCGCGAAAAAGGGCGAGAAUGCCAAGUGGCUGCUGAAUGUCAAGUGGCAGAUGGAGGGCGUGGAUAUCCAUCUGGACGUCAACAUUGGCAAGCAGUUGAGCUCGUUGGGGCACACGCUGACGAUGCUGACGGGCUUCGAGGAGGAGGACACGCAGAUGGAGUCGCCGGACAGCGAUGAGGGUGAUCAGAGCUGCCGUGACACUUAUGUGCGGCGCCGCGGAGAGUUCGACAAUCUGCCCGCUUUCGUCUUCGAUCCCACCAUCGACUCGAAGAAACGUUCGUUCAUGAUGGAGAAGGAAAUGGCCGAGCAGCUGAAGAUCAUUAAUGAUCUGAGAACGCUGGGCGCAUCCCACAAUACGGUGGCGCAUGAAGAGCGGAGGCUGCAGGAGCUGCAGGCCAUCUGCUACAAGUACUUCCGGCGCGACAUGAUCCAGAAGUGGAAGCGACCCUCGCUGCGGCGAUCCCUCAAGAACUACAGUCGCUCGCAUUCGUAUAUUGGCGGGGGAGUGGGACUGCCCGGAGUAGGCGGAGUGCCUCCAUCGCUGGAGAAUGGCAGCCACAGUUAUGCGGGCCGCAGACUGGACACCAUUGCCUCCAACGAUGAGAUCUCUAGCCUGCAGAGCACUCCCGCUUCCUGUCACUCGCGCAGCGCUUCCCUCAAGACUGCCGGCGGUGGAGGAGUAGCAGGAGUCGGCAUUGUCAAUGCUUUGGGUAGGGUAACCUUCACAGAGGCCAUGCGCCAGACAUCGCUGCCCAAUGCGGACACGGACACGGAGACGGGGGACAACGAGUUGGAUUGGCGCGGCGACUGCACGCCCAGCGAGAUGGAUGUGGAUGGCAUAUCCGUGGAGAUGCGACGCAAGCACGGACAUGCCCAGAAGCAGGCCGAGCCGAACAUUGACUUUGAGCUGGACGUCAAGGUGCUGGUGAACUCUGGCAAAUGUGUGCUGCACACCAAAGACACGGGAGAGGAGCGCCAGGGGCAGGGCUAUGCGGCGGCAGGUGCUGCCGGAGCUGCUGGUGCGGCUGCCUCGAGCGUCAAGUCGCACAAGAGGGAGCGCAGCAUUGGCAACGAUUGGGGCAGUCCCACGCCAUCGCGUAGACAGCGUGACAAGAGCAAGCUGCGCUACAAUGCCAAUGCCCUGCUGGCGGAUCUCACCAUCUUCCACAUACCCGGGCUGGACGUGAAGCUGCACUAUCAGUCCAAGACGCUGGCGGAGCAGGUGAAUCAUCAGCCGGAUCCAUCGAUAGCAGCCACACCGCACGGACCCCGACGGAUAGGCAGCAAGCGAGCCACACUCUGCGCCUGGAUGACCCUGCAGAGCAUACCCGAGGAGACCAUCAUCUCGCCGCAUAUUCUCGAGUUCCUGGAGCAGACACUGGAGCCGAUACCCGCGCGGCAGGCCAGCAGUGUGCCUCAGACGCCCAACCUGAAUGCGGCUGUUAAUUUGGACAUUCUGCCCGCCAAUUAUGUGACUUAUGCCUCAUUCCCUGUGGAUGUCAUCGUCUACUUCCACAUGCAACCGUCGACGUUCCGCUUCAGCUGCCUGCCUGUGUCCCGCGUGGAGUGCAUGCUGCAACUGCCCAGCCUGGACAUUGUGUUCAGCUCGAAGCGCAGCAGCGAGGAGGAGAACAGCUCCGGCAACCACUCCAGCAACCACACGCACCCAGAGCCACUGCCAACGGGAGGACUGAGUGUCACCGGGUGUCUGGCCGACUUCAAUGUGUUCAUCUUCCAUCCGUAUGGCGGCAAGAAGACCUCCAAGGAGACACAGUUCUCGCCCUUGAGCGACAGCGAGCGCAAGGAUUCGCUCAGCAUCAAUGUGGAGUUUGUCAAGUUUCAUAUCACGCGCUGCCGCAAGGUCUACAUCGAGCCGUUGCCCAGCUCCAAGCGAGGCCUCGACCACUCGCGCGCUGUCAUUCGCUUCUCCACCAUCGUGGACAUUGGCAGUGCCAGCUUCAAGUAUGACAUGCGACGGCUGACGGAGAUCCUGGCCUUUCCCAAGGCAUGGUACAGGCGACGCAUUGUGCGACGCCUCUUCCUGGGCGAUCUCAGUGUCCACCAGCAGCAGCAGCAACAGCAGCAGCAGGCGAGCGCAGGUGGUGCGGAGACACCCACAGGCUGUGCCCCGGCAACGCCAACCCCCAGCGAGGAUGCAGGGCGGGCGAAGGAUAAGAUGCGUCUCGACUUUGAGGCACAGCCGACACAGCAGCAGCAGCAGUUGGGACACUUUGGAGCUGUGCGCAAGCUCAAGAAUCUGGGGAAAUCGUCCAGUGCCGAGUCUUCGGGCACGCCACCCUCCGAGAAGAACCAAAUCACAUCCUGGGAGACGCUCGUGCUGUUUGCCGUGAACUUCACGAAGCUGAAUGUCCAAAUGAACAUCGGUAAUGUGUGCGGCAAUGUGGUGUGGCUAACAAAGGACUUCCAGUCGGAUGGACGCCUGUCCAUUGGCAGCACCGGCUACAAGAACAUGUACGCGGGCAUCUACCUCGGGGGAUCCGCGCUGGAUGCCAAGGGUGGCAUUGUGGGCGGUAGCUUUGAGGUGAACAAGAUCAACAAGCGAUUCCACAUCAAGGAGGAGGCUGGCAUGGAGCCCUACCAUACGCUGGGACUGAGCUUCAUGGCCCUGGAGUUGCGACUGGACUACAUGGCCACCUCGGUGCUGAUGACGCGCAUCAGCAGCUUCUCCGCGGCCAUGAAGGACGAGUGGCGCACCGCCUCCCAGGCAGCAGCAGCGCCCGCUCAUGGCAAGGAUCAGCCGCGUGCGUUGAUCUUUAUCCAUGGCGAUCUCAGCUGGGAUCAGCUGCAGAUUAUGAUCUCCAAGUCGACUACGGCGGAUAUGUUGAAGAUGUACUUCAAGCUGGAGGAAUUCUUCACACAGCAAUUCAAGUCCUCGAAGCGGGUGUUCUCCAGCCUUGAGCCGCGCCUGCAGGAUCGCACGGCCAGCAUCAAGCGUCGGCAGCAGUUCAAGAAGAAGCCCAACGGAGAGCUGGCGGCGCCACAGGGCGUGCCCACGGGCAUGAUUGGUGACAACACGGAUGCCCGACACCACCGCCACUGGCAGAAACCCCUGGCGCAGGCUGUUGGUCUCGUUGUGCCCUCCCUGGUCACACGUUUGCCCCGUCAUGGCAACGUCUUGGGCGGCACAGUGGAGCUGCGUGGGCAGAACAUCUCGUUGGCCUGCUUCCAUGGCAUCAACUUCAAGUCCAAGUCAUGGGCGCUGUUCAGCCUGAGAUCGCCCUCGAUUAACUUUGCCACUGAAGCGCGACAGAUGGAGGAGUCGGGCUCCCAUGAGGUGCUGGUCACGCAAACACUCACCUCCUGCCUGGGCCAGAGCACCGAGGUGCAGCAGCAGCAGAAUCACUCGAUGGCCAUUGUCAGUCGCAUUACGCGCAACAUUAUCUUCCCGCCACAGUUCAAGACGCUCAACGAGUGGUUCCACUAUGCGUUUGCCAACAGUGAGAUUGAUGCUGUGGAUCGCUUCCCUAUUAUGGAGUGCGAGCGGGAGAUAGCAUCCAAUUCGAUUGAGCGAACGCGUGCCUCUGGCAGCACCAGCACCGCCAAGGCACAGGAACACAAUCACAAUCGUGAGGUUAUCUUUGCAUUGCCCAGCCUGCAGCUGCACUUCAAGACUGAGCACAAACAGGGACCAACCACACCAGAGCCAAGUGAAACGAAGCCCGAGGUUUUGUGCAGCUUCAUCACCGAGUUCGAUGAUCACAUCUUUGUGACUGUCGAUGCGGAUGCCUUCUUCUUUCUGCACGAUCUCGUCACCUCCUAUGUGACGGAAAAAGAGAAGGUGAUUGGAGCUCAAUCGGCGCGAGCUGCCUCGCCCAAUCUUUCGCAGAAGACCAACCUGAAGCCAUAUCUGACGGAGGAGAUACUCAAAGAGAAGCGUAGUAAUUCCAAUACGAACCUAACUGCCCAGGGCAAGCAAAUGAGCGCCAGCAAGAGCAGCCUGGAGCCACUGCAGGGCAGCCACACGAACCUAGCGAACUCAACGACCAAUGUGUCAGCGACGGCGAAAACGGCCGCAGCCGCAGCAACAGCAGCAGCAUCAUCGACGACGACCACAACAACGACAGCGACAGGAGCUACAAACGAUGUCAAAGAUGGAGGAGGCACACAGCAGCCACAGCAGCAGCAGGCAAAUGCAGCAGCAGCUGGUGGCUUGGAGGCAUCACCGCCGAGCUUUGAUCUCGAAUCGUUUGUGCGUGACUGGCGGCACUUUGAAUGUCAGACAUGGCAUCUGGAGCCAACAGUUCGCCUGCUCUCCUGGGCGGGCAAGUCCAUCGAGCCCUACGGCGUCGACUACAUACUGAACAAGCUGGGCUUCAGUCACGCCCGCACCACCAUACCCAAAUGGUUGCAGCGCGGCUUCAUGGACCCCCUGGACAAGGUGCAAGCACUCAUGAUGCUUCAGCUGCUGCUGAUGGUGCGAGAGAACAAGGUGGAGAGGGAUCGGGAACGGGACCGCGACCGGGACCGUGACAAUGGUAGCGCCAGCGGCAGCGGCAGUGCCAAUGGCAAGCAGCAGCAAAAUCAUCGACCAUCAACGAACUAGCAUCCAUGGCAUCUAUAUAUGACAAUUGACAAUUAUCCAAGUCGUUCGUUCGUUUAAGUUUAAGUAGCAAUGUAUAGAUGUAAUGUAUGUAAUUUAUUAUUAUGUCCCCUCGUCUCGUGGCCUGCUUGCAUGCUCUCUCCUCGCGGUAUUAUUAAGCCAAUAAGGCAGCUUCUUCUACUACUUCCUACACAUGUAUAUCCUUCCUUGUAUUGUAAAUGGUUUGCUCUCGUUUCCCCAACUCUCUUUUUUUUAAGCGUACUAAUAUAAUCAUUUUAUAGAUGUGUAAA